GCUGUCUGGACCAUCAGCUGGCGAGUUUGUGAGUCUUUGACGCAGUUGGGAAAUCCAUCCACAAUCGCCGCUGGGUUUUAAUUGGUAAUUUUAUGUCCCACAGCAUAGCUUGUACUGUCUGUUGAUUCUGACUCGCCAAGUCUAAGCGCCCUGGACAACUUGUCGAUACACACUCGGGGUUUCAUCGACCGACACCGGGGCCCAUCGUCGUCAAUUGAGAAGUCCUACCAACACAUAUAAAGCCAACCCGUUUGUCCGUAGAUCUAUAUUCUACAAUUCUCUCUUCAUCUCGUCUGUACUCUACAUUUCUCACUCAAUUCGAAAUCAUCUAUCUUCUUCUAUAUAUCAUCUAUACCCAUAUUUCCAGUCAAUACUCCUCAUCCAUCCACAUCAUGCAUCGCCGCGUGUAUACAUACGUCCUGGCACCAAGAUGGGACUUUCGUCCUGAUGGCCCCAUUGCCCUCGGCAACAUCAUCGUCGAUCCAUUCAGACCCCACCGUGUCUUAACCAAGCCCGACCCGGCCAUCCCACCACCCGAGAUCGAAACAGUAGUCGAAACCGAAUGGGAGAUGCAUCAAGAAAGAGAACUCGGCAUGAAGACAAGCAUCUGGACCCACUUCCUCGAGGCCAUGGGUGUCGACCUCGGCCUGGAGAGCACCAAGUCCCUCAGCGCAGAGUACAAUGUCGAGUCCUUGACAACGAGCUACUUCAAGGAGGAGCCCUCCGCGGAAGAAAUCGCCAGACGGACCCAGGACCCGAUGUUGCGGGAGAUGAUGCGCCUCGAUAGCCCGUUCUCCAAGCCAGUUUACAUGGUCACGGGCAUCAAGAUCGCGAAGGGGUUCCGUGCAUCUGAAGGCCACUCUCGGUCUAGAGAAGCAAAUGGUGGAGCUUCGGCUGGCACUGCGGGUACCGUUGUUGGCGAUGUCACCAUUGGGACGAACAACAAGGUCUUCGUCAAGGAGUCGGAUAAGCGUCAGGCCAAGAGUGAGAAUGACAUCGUGUUCGCUUACCAGCUGAUGAAGAUUGUGCCGAAGGGAUGGAAGCACAAAGUCUUCGAUUUCCAGGACUUCUACCCGAAGGCUGCCGUGUUGCUGGACGAAGCGGAGGUCCAGAACGGUGUGGAUGUGUCUUUUGCCACGGCGGCGGAUUUCGCCGAGUGCAAGCACAUGAAGGUCAAUUUCAGCAUGGCUGAGGUUAUUGAUAGCCAUGGCACGGUCCAAUGUAUUGCUGUCCGAGGAUAGUGCCGGGGUGUGGAGACUGGGUGGCUGAUGUUUUAUUCCUGCUUGCGUACUUGCCGCUUCAGCACUCUGAUUCUUGAUAAUGAUCCUGUAUUGCUCUGAGUUAUGUCACUGUAUCGGUGUUUCAUUUGAUUCUAUCUCUUUUGUUGUUGUUAGUUGCAAGUAAAUUUCAGGUCGCUAUCUCUCGAGAACAUCUGACGUACAUGGUACCCUUUGUGGUUGCCUAACGAAUAAGCAGUGCUCUUAAGUUCCGACGCAUUAUCGAACCAGAAUAGGUCAACA